CAUCCCGCACAGCAUGAUCCAUCCUUGCGUCGCAUGACCUUUGCAUUACGAGGUGAUCAUGUCUCCACAGCUGGACAUACUUUCGCUUCACUGCGUGGGACUGCACUCCCCAUGCCAAGGUGUGCAUUGCAUCGUGUUUGUCCACACUACCUGACAUCGAGUGAGUCAGAAUAUCCCGCACUGCUUCGAAAAACCUGUUUCCAGACGAGGUUCAGCACUGCAGAUACCGGAGAGUGUCCGACAAACAGACCAACCGCUGCAAAGAUACUGCCCUCUUUCAUAGAAACAAGGAUAGAAUGUGACAACACGCAUAUUCUUGUUUUCACCCGAUCAUUAACCGCGCCACAUAGGUGACGUUGCUACUGCCACUCGCCUCGGAGAUGUAAGUGUAGAUCUCAACGCCUCGACGCCACGUCC